GUGCGGACUUGCUCACCGAACUCGAACCGUCGCCGGUCAAGCAUGUUACAUCGGCUUUGGGGCAGCGAGCAGAGGUGAAAGGCAUGGGCAAGGCCAUGUUCAAGGGCGCUGAUGGGAAGAUGCGGCAUUUGCUAGCUGAAUUGGGGGAGGAGCAGCAAGGCCCUACCCCACUCUACUGUGAUAGCCAAGGUGCUAUUGCAUUGGCUAAGAACCCGGUUCUUCAUGGCCUUACCAAGCACAUGAAGGUGAAGUGGCAUUGGGUGAGGAGCAUGGUAACCGCGGGUGAAAUGGAGUUGCACUACGUGAAGACGACGGCGCAGCCAGCUGAUAUGAUGACCAAGAGGCUGGUUGAGCAGCAGCAUUGGAAGUGUUGCAAGCUUGCUGGGAUGGCUCUGAACUAAGGGGAGCAGAUUCUAAGGCCAACAA